CCAUGAAGCUCGGCAUGCCCUAUUUGUGAUGGAAAACGUGGGAGUUAUGGAUUACAUGGCGAAUGGUAUAAAACCGGAACGUAAUAUUGUCUUACCUGCAACAGUUCAAAGACAGAAGCUUAAGGUUGCAAACAUGCAGGCAAGACAGGAACAUUGGGAUUCGUUAAUCAGCUUGAUGCUUGAUUAUCAGUUUCCGAUUUAUGGCAACAACUGUCUAUAUUUACUGGUUAAACAAUUUAAGAGAGCCAUGGCAGAAGGAACUGGUUGCAGAGUUUGUGGUGCCUUUCAGAACGAAGGGGGAAUUGACACCUUGCG